AGCCGCUCAAAUCUGUUCAAGCCCUUUGGGUGACACACGUCGAUCAUUGCCGAAGCGGAGUCAUGGCAGCCUACUCGUACCCAGCAGACACUGCUCCCGUCCAGUAUGUCAUGGCUGAUGGUUCUCAAGUAUAUGCCGAUGCCGCACCAACCUACACCAUGGAUCCAGGGGCAUAUGUGAUGCAAGGUGCUCCGGGUGCUCCAAUGAUGUAUUCUCCAUCUCCCUACUCCAUUCCAGUUGGAGCAUCCUAUGGUGGGUAUCCUAUGAUGGAUGGCUUGGAUCAUUCCCAGGGGAAGUGGUUUGCACCAGGCGAAGCAAUCCCCCCCGGCUUUGUCGUCACGGCACAUCCAGAGGGUCACAUUGCCCCGCAAGAGGGCCAUGCUAUGACUGACAUGGCGCGUGAGAGCUUUGUGGUCACUGGCACAUCUGGCACCGCCCCAGAGACCAAGGCCAAGGCCUCCAAGCCCAAGAAGAGCAAGAAGAAGAAGGCAAGCGGCUGCUGCUAGAUGCUUCGAUGCUUCCAGAAGCUGCAGCAAGACUAUUCUCAUGGUCCCCUGAGGGUGCAAGUCCAAUGUCCUUGCGAUGGCAGGACAUGACAGAAUAAGUGCGCCUUACUUGCCUAGAGGGCCUCCAAUCAUCUUCAAUCUCCCUUUGACCUCCAGACUGAGAGUACUACUCUCAGGACAGGAGUAAAGCAAAUGCUCAAGACUCAAGAUGAUACAAAAGAGGGCUUUCGCAGAUCUAGACU